AUGACGACUCCGUUCCCUCUCUUACGCCUUCCAAGCCUUUCACUGAUUCCUGUUUUUCAACAAAUGGAGCCUAUUGAUGUAAUCGCGUUCUCUUUCCUCUCUAAUCGAGCAAGAUUCAUGUCAAAAACUCGUGGUCUAUCAGUAACUUCUAUCGAUAUAAUGGCUGUCAAUCACUUUCUCGUUUUUGACAUAGUCCUGGGAGAUGACAAAAGACUACAGCUAUUUUUACAUCUCAUCCCUGAAAAUCUUUCGGAUUUUAUACGAGUUUCGGUCGACAACAAGAUAGUUAAAUGGCGCAAUUUAGGGCUUUCGAGGGCUGAAUGCAUUCAACGGAUUAUGAAUGUUACCAACUGUGCAUCAAUCCAAGAAUUGAAGUUCUGCGGAACAGAAUCAUUCGAUGCACUUCCGAUUCUUGCGACACUUCCAAACAUCGAACAAAUAUUUAUCUCGCGUGACUGUAACGAAGUUUUCGUUCACAAAAUGUUUGAAAUGCUCUCAAAAUUGAUCUCAAAUGUUGAAAUGUUUCAAAACCAGCUUGAAAACCUCGAACAAUUUCAAAAGGUUCUCAUGCUGAACAUGAAUAGCAUCACAAUCAAGUUGAUGACUCCCCGGGACCCAACCCGUUUGCGACUAUCUCUAGAUGACCUUCUCGUUUGCAAUGCUGUGCAUCUAGAUCUCUUUGGUGUCAUGAUCAGUGUGAAAGAUCUCAACCGCUUUUUCAAGUUGUGGAAGAGAAACAAGUCUAAUCCCCGACUGGAACAUCUGAAAUUCCUGACUUUAGAAGAGGUGAGUACAGAUGUCCUUCUGAAGGGACUCAAUGUUAUCGAGAUGCCACCCACUACAACGAGAACGUUCCGAGUCUAUGAGGAUUCUCGGUGCCGAGAGAAGGUUGUGACUGGAGGAUUGGAUGUGAUGCGAUUGGAUGGGACACGAGCAACAUUGGAAGUUAGAGAUAUGACCGGAAUAACAGUUGUAGAGUUUUAUGUUUGGAUUUGA